AUGAGGGCUCUGAGUUUUAAACUUACGAUCAAUCGCUUACUAAGCGAACGCGCAACCAAUGUGGCUUUGAAAAAAUCCUUAACACGACUCCACUUUCCGCCCACCAUUUGUCGCAGCCCGGAAUGUCUCCGGUCGGCGGCAGCCCUCAAGCAAUCCAUGGACAUCAACGUAGAUCCUUGCGAUGACUUCUACAGCUACACCUGCGGGAACUGGGCCGAUGAUCAUCCUCGCCCGGAAACAUAUCCCAGCUACGAUUGGUUCACCGAGCGGCAGUCCAAGAUUCUGCGGAACAUCCGCCGGUAUCUUCAGCAAAACGACAGCACCGAUGAUCCGCAGCCUGUACAGCAGGCAAGAGCCAUGUAUCGGGCGUGUAUUAACUUGCCCGCCAUGGACGCCCUUGGAUAUGACUACGUGUUCACCCUGCUAAACGAUAUGUAUCUUCCGAGCUAUCCAACAAUUCUAAAUCUCACCGCUGUCGAUUACGAAAGUUACGACUUUGACUGGAUUCGAUCUCUGGCGAAGGUGAAACAGUUGCUGGGGAUGGACAUCCUGAUUGGCUUUGACGUAUUUCCCGAUCCGAGAAAUCGAGACUACAACAAACUGGCGCUUGGUACCCCUGAGGCGGCAUCCGAUUUGCCAUUCAACGAUAACGUCAUGAAGCACAUUACGCGAGUGAAACACAAGAUAAUAGUGAGUGAAACGGAUGACGAGGAUGUAGAUGAAGCAGAGGAAGAUACCGGUUACAUGAAGGCAUACAAGAAUUUUAUGAUUGGUACUAUGAAAAUCCUGGUGAACAAUUCCGAUUCCAAAGCCGAGCUGGAGUCAUUCGACGACAGUUUCAGCAAAGCGGCCGAUGUCUACGUAAGUAUGUCCAAAGUUUUCAUGAAGUUUGAAAAACAAGCUGAUAACAUCUCCAAAACUAACGACACCGAGGAUAGGCUGAAUCUGCAAGAUUUGGUCUACGUGAACUUGGAUGAUCUUCAAAAUAUGACUGACCGAGGGUCGGCUUCUAAGGAACCACUUUCAGUGUGGAAACGCUAUCUGCACGAUGUCUUCGAUGGCAUCCCAGAGGCACAACUGAAUCUAAACGACCUCAUCAUCCUGACAAGCAACACAGAUAUUUUCUAUCUGCGACUGUUAGUGGGCUACCUAUCACAAACCCCUCUUGUUCACAUCGAGUUGUUCAUUUGGUAUACGGUAGUCGAAGAGCUGAUCCUCCACACGACGGCAGAAAUACGAAGAUUACACUACGAGUACUACAAGAUGGUGAUGGCGAUGGAAGGAUACACCCCGCGGUCACUGUACUGUGCCGGGGCGGUGAAUAAGUUGAUGGGAAUGGCGGUUAGCUUUGCGAUUACCGAGCGUAACUUCCUGCAGGACACGAAACCCAGAGUGGAGAAGAUGUUGAAGUAUAUCAGGGAUGCGUUCGAGCGAUUGGUACGGGAUACAACCUGGAUGGAUUGGAACACCAAGCAGUCUACCUUGGAGAAGUCCAAAGCAAUGCGUAGUUUAAUUGGCUUCCCCGAGUGGAUACUGGACGAGAACAAGCUUGAGGAGUAUUAUGAAAAGUUGGAGAUCAACGACACGCGUCAUUUAGAAAAUAUGAUUCAGAUCAUAGAGCAGCGAAACGUCCGGAAGCUUCGCCGGUGGAGGAUGAAAAACAUUCUCAGCUGGGAUACGAUUCCGACCAAUGUGAACGCAUUUCAUACCUUCCAGGAUAACGCUAUCACCAUUCCGAUUGCUAUUCUGCAGUAUCCAUUCUACCAUUUGGGCCUAGAAGCGCUGAAUUAUGGAGCCAUGGGAACGAUCUUGGGGCACGAGCUUACCCAUGGAUUCGAUGAUAGUGGUCGUCAAUUCGACAAGGAAGGUAAUCUGAAGCAGUGGUGGACGAACAGCACGGUCCGAGAAUACGUUAACCGCUCGGCCUGUUUCGUGCAACAAUACAGUGGCUAUUACAUUCCAGAAGCGGAUGAUCACAUUGAUGGUUUGCAAACACUCGGUGAGAACAUCGCCGAUAAUGGCGGCUUGCGGGAAGCUUACUCAGCGUACAAAAUCUAUACACAGAAAAACGGCAGGGAGCCGCUGCUGCCAGGAUUUGAAAACUACACUCAUGAACAAUUGUUCUUCAUAUCUUUUGGCAAUCUAUGGUGUGAGUCGCACACGGCUUCCGCCGCUAAGGCCGCCUUGGAUGACAGCCAUUGCCCAAGCUGGAUUCGCCUAAAAGGAGUACUGACAAAUUCACCCGAAUUUAGCCAGACGUUCGGUUGCAAGCGGGGCAGCGGAAUGAACCCAGUCGGGCGCAAAUGUCGAAUCUGGUGAAUAUCAAUUGAAUUAAAAAAAACUGUGUGAUUUUGUUCAACGUAUAAGUGAUUGAUUUCCUAAUCGAAACGUGUGA